CAUGAUCAGAGCCGGUAUCAAUGUGUGUAAUAACCACGUAACACCGACAGUGGCCUUUGGUGGGGUCAGACAGAGUAAACAUAUUUAACAAGCAACAUUUCGGAGUAGCCUAGUAAUACGUUCGUAACUAUGAACAUCGACUUCAAGGGUAAACGUAUUCUCGUAACAGGAGCCGGACGAGGCAUCGGCAAGAGCAUGGCCCUCCGUCUCUCCAAGUACAAGGGCCAAGUAAUAGCGCUGUGCAAAACGAAGGAGAACCUGGAAACUCUCUACAAAGAAGAUCCAAGUAUUCAGUCCCUCUGCGUGGAUCUUCUCGACUGGAAUGCCACCAAGAAAGCCAUUCAAAGCGUUCUGCCCAUCGAUCUCUUGGUGAACAAUGCCGGCGUGGCGCUCCUCGGGCCCUUCUUGAAGGCUACCGAGGAAGACUUCGACAUGUCAUUCGCCGUAAACGUCAAGGCCAUCCUGAAUGUCUCUCAGGUGGUCGCCAAGGACAUGAUCCAAAGGAAAGCUGGCGGUAGCAUCGUUAACAUAUCUUCCCAGGCAAGCCACGCUGCCUUGAAGGACCACGCUGUCUACUGCUCGUCCAAGGGAGCUGUAGACAUGCUGUCCAAAACAAUGGCUCUAGAGCUUGGUCCGCACAAUAUUCGAGUGAACACCGUGAAUCCUACGGUUAUUAUGACGGAAAUGGGGAAACUAGGCUGGAGCAAGCCAGAAAAAGCGCAAGAAAUGCUGAAGAAAAUACCGCUAGGUCGAUUUGGCGAAGUGGACGAGGUGGUGGAUGCGGUUGUGUUUCUUCUGAGCGAUCACAGUUCCAUGAUCAACGGAGUCGCUUUGCCCAUAGACGGUGGAUUCUUGGCGACGUAAACGAGCCUCGACGCGUAACGAAUUUAAUUUACAAAAUAAAUCGUCACUCUUCGCUCUAGAAACAAUUGUACAAUUAUCGUUACCUUGGACCAAUUAUCAUAAAUUAUAUAAAAACAAAAUUUUUUGCAAUAAAUAUUCUAUUUUUUCCGAGUA